UUUGGGGGAAAAUAAACUUGUGGUCCUCUCAGAAGACACGUUUCAGUCGGUUGGACCAAAUUUGACUAAAACGUCGUAGAGAAACAGUCUCACCUGCAAACCUGAAGAGUCAGCGUUUGUGUGGAGGCGUCUCUUUGGUUGUAAGAAAAGUAAAAGUGUUUUCUUUUUUAAAAAUCACUGAAUAUCAACAAUCCUGUUUGUAUUUCAUGCUUUUAUAAGUCAGUUUCAAUCAAAGCUUCUUUAAUCAGUGACUGGUGGGAUCUGGCUCAUGGUCUUCAUCAGGGUCAACAUUCAACUUGCAGCAGUUAAAUAAACAGGAUAGAAAAUUAUGUAAAUGACCAAUUACAAACGUUCACUUGGAUAAAUUGAGUUUUAAUAAUAUUUUUAGGCUGAAUUUAACUGAAGGAGACCACCAGUAAAGUAAAAACUAAAGUUAUAAUGAAAUCAUAUAAAAUUGCUGAACAAAUAAAUAUCCAUUGUAAGAAUUUAAUUUACAUGUUAUUUAAUGAGCCAUAAGACAUGAAAUUCCAUAAUAAAUAUGAAAUCAAUCUUAUGGAUCUUUGGUACUUUUAACCAGAAGAUUGGAACUUUUUAUUGCAGGGAUUACGUAACACUUCGUAUUAACUGAGAGACAACAGAAAGAGAGUCAGGUUUUAAGUGUUUAAAGAUUUAUUACUAAACAAAUUAAAACUAGACUAACUUUAACACUAAAUGUAUGUAACUAAGGUGACGUGAGACGGAGAAUGGUGUGAUGUUGCUCAGAACCAGCAGAUCCGGAGAAACGAUUAGUUCUGAUGGGAGUGAAGGUGAUGUCUUUGCGCUAAGCUCUGAUUUGGAGAUUCAUAAACACAUUGAGACUCCAUUCUGCCGGCCUACGCACCCUUUAGGAAGUCCCCGUUAGAUCAGGAAUGUCGAGGUCCAGCUUGACCCUCUCUGGAACCGAAGCCUGUAGGAAAAGCAACGGUUGCCGACCAGACCAGUCUUGAGAUACUUCCGGGUCACGACAUCUAACAAGACCCAAAACUGGGUCGCGAUGGUUCAGCUUUUAUUCUGAAAGGAACUGUUGCAGCAGGUGGAACAGCAACAGAUUUUAUCCAGCUUGUCGUUGGUUCUGUCGGCUGAAGAGGAAAGUUACGGAUUGGCACUCCAACAACUUCUCUGGAACGCUUUGAACUGGCAUUAAAGAUGACGUGGGCAUAGUUUUAUACUUCGGAUGUUUUGGUUUAUGGUCGAAUCAAAAAGGGACAGAUUUACCAAACACCACCAAAACCACGCCUCCGUCAGAUCUGGCAGAUUCUGAUUGGAUCAGUAAUGUGUCAUGUGGCUUAACACUACGUGUGAUCAGUCUCUAGUGGAAACAUUUAAAGUCAUAUUACUUAUUAUAUUCCAUAGGAUUAUAAUAUCAAGUAAGUAAUAUUUUCAUUUCACAGAUUGGUUCACAUUUUAUUAUUCACUAACUCUUUGAUUAGCUUAUUAAAAAUGGAGUUCUUUGAUUUAUUAAAAAGGAAGAGUCCUUUCUUCAUUCUUCUCUUGGGCUGGAAAGGAAAACAGUUUAGAAGCAGAUGCAUGAGACCUUGAACAAUAUCUCCUGCAGACUAGUUCCUGCUGAGGAGGAGGGGGGGGGGGGACUUUUAGGUGGAAAACAGUCAUUUCAUUCUGUAACUGCUGUUGCUGUUUAUUUCUUGAUUUAUUUAUUUUCCCAUUUGUAAGACACUGGGUUGGUUGUGUUUCCUGUAAUUUUAUUUUGAAAAGCUACAUGAGCUGCUCUGCCAGCCACACCCUUGAUUUGAUGGAUACAAGUCAGGUGUGAGGAACACACACAGAACCUGGAUGAAGUGCUGACAAGCAGACAGCUAAUGGACUGCUAAAGAACUAACUAGUAAAAGGACUUAAAGGAAGAUGGAUUCCCUUUGUGUUUUAAGCAAAACAGCCAACGAGCAAAUAUCGAGCCAGACAGAGGUGGAUGUGCGUGGGCCAAAAGACCAACUCUCGAGCCCUGACAGGAGCGCUCCAGACGGGGGCGAAAACCAGAAUGAGGAGGAAGGAGGGGAACGUGAAGAAGAGGAGUCCCUGGCUUUGGAUGGGGACGGUGACACCGAUUCAGAGCUCGGAGAGAAGGAUGAAGCGUGUGAUCUGACAGGAAAGACGAGCUACAUGAAGGCUUGUGAGAAGCUACACGUGGUGCCGGCCUCUCGUUUCCUAGAAAACAUUCAGAACAGCGAGCUGGCCCUGAUGCAUCGUGGGCUUGGCCCUAAGGGCACCAAAGCACUGGCGGUUUCCCUGGUAACCAACACUUCAAUACGGCGGCUGAACCUGCAAGAUAAUUGGAUGGAAGGAAUGGGCGGAGCUGCUGUAGCCAAGAUGCUAAAGGAAAAUCGUCAUAUUACAGAAGUGGAUCUGUCUGACAACAACCUUGGAGAUUUUGGCGCCCGAGCCAUCUCUGCAAUGCUGAAGGUAAACACCACUCUGGUGAGGCUUCAUCUGUCAGGAAACCGUCUGACAGACCAGUCAGCUGAGUGUCUGGGCCCAGCACUCGUCACCAACAGCACGCUGCAGCACCUCGACUUGAGCCACAACGCUCUGGGAGACCAUGCAGGGCGAACGCUUGGCGACUGUCUGUCAGAGAACACGGGGCUGAGAUCGUUGUGUCUGGUCUGGAACUGCAUUCGAGGAAGAGGAGCAGCGAGGUUGGCUAAUGGCCUCGGGGGAAACGUCUUCCUUAGAACAGUGGAUCUGUCGUGUAAUUAUUUUGGUAAAGAAGGAGCCAUUGCUUUAGGACAGGCCCUGAAAGAGAAUAACAUGUUGGAGGAGCUAAAUGUGAGUAACAACCAAAUACCCCCUGAGGGAGCCAUCCACCUUGCCUUGGGCCUCAGAGUAAACAAGACCAUCAAACUUCUGAAUAUUGGUAGGAACCCCAUCCUGACCACCGGCUGCUUCAGGAUCCUUCAGUCUGUUCAGGAAAACUCAGAUUCUUCCAUGGAGACACUGGACUUUUCAGGCAUCACAGUCAACCAGGAGUUUGAAGACUUGUGUAGAGCAGUGAAAGAAGCCUUGCCUGAGCUCAGAGUGAAACAUGGGGGCACAAUGGGCACACUCAGAAAAGUAAAACCCUGAAAGGUGUAAUUGCUGCACUUACCUGCCAGCAAAGAGCCAAGAAGUCCUGUAAAAGCCCCGCGAAGGCUCCUGAGGAUGGAAAGGAUGCAAAACUGCAGAGAUCAUUUUUAAGAGUUUCUUUUCUGUUUUUAGUGAACCGUGAGAAGAAUGUUGGCCUGAAUAAAAUGUGACUGGAAUAAUUAAAACCUGUUAAAUUCCCAUCGGCUCAAAGAAGAAAAGGCACUUCAGGGGCGAUUUUCUACAAGAGUCAGAGUGUUGCUGAUAAAGUCACUCCAACUGUUGUUGCUGUUCAUUUCCUAGUUUAUUU